UGGAGCUGUAUCUGGGUUCACUAUUGCCACGGCUGUUGCUGUUUGCAUUUCCAAGGACAGAAACCAGCUGAACUAAGAUAAUCGAGCUGAAACACGUUUACACAGCAUCCUGCUAUUAAUAACCCUAAGGAUGAAUCCUGAGUAUGACUACCUGUUCAAGUUGCUGCUGAUUGGGGACUCCGGUGUAGGAAAGUCAUGUUUACUUCUACGUUUUGCUGAUGACACCUAUACAGAGAGCUACAUCAGCACUAUUGGAGUAGAUUUCAAAAUCAGAACUAUCGAAAUGGAGGGGAAGACUGUUAAACUGCAGAUUUGGGAUACAGCAGGACAAGAGCGAUUUCGUACAAUAACAUCAAGCUAUUAUCGAGGGGCGCAUGGAAUUAUAAUUGUGUAUGAUGUCACUGAGCAGGAGUCUUUCAACAAUGUGAAGCAAUGGUUAGAAGAAAUUGAUCGCUACGCCUGUGAAAAUGUCUCCAAGUUGCUAGUGGGUAAUAAGAGUGACCUUGCCUCCAAAAAGGUGGUAGACUUUACUACAGCAAAGGAAUUUGCUGAAUCACUCAAAAUCCCAUUCCUGGAGACAAGUGCCAAGAACGCAAAUAAUGUAGAGAAGGCAUUUUUAACAAUGGCCUCUGAAAUCCAGAAGAGGGUCGGGACGGAGAGCGUUCAGAAUGAAGCAGUUAAAAUGGGAUCCAAAAUAAACAGUGCCCCCCUAUGGCCUGGUGGAGAGAAGUCAGUAGCCGAGGAGGUCAGCUCUUGUUGUUAGUGUGUUGUAUCUUUUAAAUUCAGGGUAAUAUAACUUUUUUUGUUUAUCAUUUCAUGUGUUUUUGUUUCUGUUUUCCUUCUUUUUCAUUCUAAAUGUAAAAUAAGCCAUUGACUAUGUUUCCAUGCCCUAAUGAGCUAAUGAAGACGGUACAUGCUUUUGGAAAUGUUUCUGUAAAUCAUUUUUCAUGCAUUGUUCUAUGUUAAGUGCCCGUUUUUUUCUUUUUGGUGAUGGACAAAACCUAUAGGCAUACACAACUGUUCAAAAGUUAGGGGUUGUUAAAAUAUUUGGUAACACUUUACAAUACGGUUCAUUAGUUAACUACUUUAGUUAACAUGAAGUGAAAAUGAACAAUACUUCUACAGCAUUUAUUAAUCUUAGUUAAUGUUAAAUUCAUUUAAUAAUGCAUUAUUAAAGUCAAAAGUUGUGCUUGUUAACAUUUGUUAAUGCACUGUGAAUUAACAUGAGCUAACAAUGAACAACUGUAUUUUCAUUAACUAACAUUAACAAAGAUUAAUAACUACUGUAAUAAAUGUAUUGUUCAUUGUUUGUUCAUGUUAGUUACUACAUUAACUAACAUUAACUAAUGAAACCUUACUGUAAAGUGUUACUGAAUGUUUUAAUGUUUUUAAAAUAAGUCUCUUACACUCACAUUUACAAUUUAAAAUAUUCCUUUUUCUAUUUUAACAUAUUUUAAAUUGUAAUUUAUAUCUUUGAUGGCUGAUCAAGAAACAUUUAUGUGGUGUUGCGUAAUAUUUUGUGGAAACCAUUAUAUAUUUUUUUUCAUUGGUGAAUAGAUUUUAACUGAAACUAUAUUCCCUAUUUUUAAAAGAAACAAUGCUACAAGAUCUAAGAGAA